ACAUCGCUUCAGUGCCCCACAAUUGACCCCUACCUCUGCGGUGUACUCAUAUUGGGCGCACAAUCCUUUUCCCUCUUCUCCCAUGCUCCCAUGUGCCUUCUAGAUUACUCAUGUCGUGCUUCGCCCGUAGUCGCCGCUACUGCUCGUUGGCGUCCUUGUUUCUAGUGACCCUAGUUCCCCGUACCGCCUCGGUUGGUCCCUGAGAGUUGAACGCACUACCCAACCAAUCAGUGCCAUGUGUCUCCAUCUCGUGUAUCUUCACUACGACUGCGUCCUCUGCUUCUAUUGUUUGCUAGAUAUAGAGAGAGAGGUAUGGGGAGGGUGUUACUUUUUUAUUAUAUUUUUUGGUCCCACAUGAGGUGACUUGGCUUGAAGAUAUAUAAUCUUUUUUUUGCUUUUUCUUGAUGGGUCCCACCUGUAAGGGGCAUAUAGCCCAUCUAGCCACUAGCAAAAAUAUUUUGGUUAUCCAGGAGAAGGAUCAAAGGCCUUUGACCAAAUGGUAGAGUGAUAGAAGAGCAUUUGGGUGACACAAAAUGUUUAGGGGUAAAAAAUGAGGAGAGCUGAAAAUUAGGCAAAACCCAUGGGUGAAAACUAACCAAGGGCAAGAGUGUAUUUGUCCUAAUGUCCCAUUUGUUUUUGUUAAGCAGAGGAUUGGGUCCUUGGGGCCCAUAUUUUGUUCGAAGAUAUACCACAACUAGGUUUGGAUCAUAUUCAAAUGGUGAAUUACUAACAAAACAUGAAUCUAUCUUGCUGACAGAUUAUAUUUACCACACUUUAGUUGCCAAAGCCAGUGGAGAGUUGUGCUUAAAUUAUACUUUUUCUUUGGGGGCAUUUGCAAGAAAACCUCUUCUGCAAAGCGCAUCUGAUUGGAAAGUGCCGACUACUUUCAUAUAUGGCCAGGAUGAUUGGAUGAAUUACCAAGGGGCGCAACAAGCACGCAAGGAUAUGCCAGUUCCUUGUGAAAUCAUCAGAGUCCCACAUGGAGGUCAUCUCGAGUUCAUAGAAAACCCAUCGGGGUUCAACUCGGCGGUCUUGUACGCAUGCCGAAAUUUCUUACCUGAAGAUGUAGGGGACGACUUCUCUCAUCCUUAUGGCUUGAUAUAUGCAUAGAGUGCCAUCACACGCGGUCUCAUGGUGGUAUAUGAUAAUAUGAACAUGAAGCAAGACCGAUACAUUGAUAGUAUCAAUAUUAGCACCACUGUCACAUGAUUUGUUUAUGUAUGUAUGAAUUGCGUGAAUAUGUCUCAUUCAUAUCGU